CACGGUGGCGCUAGAUAAGUGACAAACACGCGCGGCCAGGCAAACAAUUCAGCGUAAUGCAGCAAUCCGUCGGCUUUACCGCCUCAUCUUGCAGUUGUGUUUCAACAACUUCAAAUUGGUCACUGAGAAAACUCACUUCUCUGCGCCAUUUCAAUUCAACAGCUUUUCUGCUUCACACGAUCAGAAAGUCAAAAGCUAAAAAGUGGUUGAUCAAUAAAAAGUCCGUGGUGGUAUCUAAGAUGGCUGGGUACGAAGAAGGGAAAUCAUCGGAUUCGGAGGGACGAAUUGGGAAAAUGAUUUUUGAGUCAAUUCUCGAGGAAGGAGUGUUCCGCUUCGACUGUUCUGCAGAUGAUAGAAAUGCUGCAUUUCCAAGCAUUUCUUUUCAAAACCCGAAAGUUAGAGAUACCCCUCUUGCGAAUGUCGAUGAAGUCCCGACGUAUAUUCCCACUUUCGAAUGUUCACUGGGACAACAAAUAGUUAAUAUAGAGUUUCCUCCGAACACCUCGUUUUAUGGAACUGGAGAAGUUAGCGGGCAACUUGAGCGAACAGGAAAGAGAAUUUUUACGUGGAAUACGGAUGCAUGGGGAUAUGGAUCUGGAACAACUUCAUUGUACCAAUCACACCCUUGGGUUUUAGCGAUUCUUCCAAAUGGAGAGGCUUUCGGAGUUCUUGCGGAUACAACUAGACGUUGUGAGAUUGAUUUGCGGAAAGAAUCGAAAAUAAAGUUCGUUUCGUCAUCAGCUUAUCCCGUAAUCACAUUUGGUCCAUUCGCUUCACCAACUGAUGUUCUUGUCUCUUUCUCUCGAGCAGUUGGAACUGUUUUUAUGCCACCAAUGUGGUCUUUGGGAUAUCAUCAAUGCCGUUGGAGCUAUGAUUCCGAUGCACGUGUUCGUGAGAUCGCGAGAACGUUCCGGGAAAAGGGUAUACCUUGUGAUGUCAUAUGGAUGGACAUAGAUUACAUGGAUGGAUUUCGUUGUUUCACCUUUGACCAGGAAAGGUUUCCGGACCCAAAAUCUCUGGUAGACGAUCUUCAUAAAAAUGGGUUCAAAGCAAUCUGGAUGCUCGAUCCAGGAAUAAAACACGAAGAGGGCUAUUUUGUAUACGAUAGUGGUUCCGAAAAAGAUAUAUGGGUACAAAAUGCUGAUGGAAAACCUUUUGUUGGUGAUGUGUGGCCUGGGCCUUGUGUAUUUCCCGAUUUCACGCAAUCCAGUGCUCGUUCAUGGUGGUCUAAUCUAGUCAAAGACUUCAUCUCUAAUGGUGUUGAUGGUAUAUGGAAUGAUAUGAAUGAGCCAGCUGUCUUCCAGACUCUAACAAAGACGAUGCCCGAGAGCAAUAUUCACAGGGGAGAUUCGGAAAUUGGUGGCAUUCAGAACCAUUCACACUAUCACAACGUUUACGGUAUGCUGAUGGCGAGAUCUACAUACGAAGGGAUGAAGCUAGCGAAUGGACAAAAACGCCCCUUUGUUCUGACUCGAGCUGGUUUUGUGGGUAGCCAACGGUACGCUGCCACGUGGACAGGAGAUAAUCUUUCUACUUGGGAGCACCUCCACAUGAGUAUCUCCAUGGUUGUUCAAUUAGGGCUGAGUGGUCAACCUCUGUGCGGGCCCGAUAUUGGUGGAUUUGCUGGUAAUGCGACACCUAAGCUUUUCGGAAGGUGGAUGGGAGUUGGCUCCUUGUUUCCUUUUUGUCGUGGACAUUCCGAAACUAAUACAAUUGAUCACGAACCUUGGUCUUUUGGUGAAGAGUGUGAAGAAGUUUGCAGACUGGCGUUAAGGAGGAGGUAUAGGCUUUUACACCACAUAUAUACUCUCUUUUAUAUGGCUCAUACGAGGGGUAUUCCAGUGGCAACUCCGACAUUUUUUGCCGAUCCUAAAGAUAUGGAACUAAGAACACAUGAAAACUCAUUUCUCUUGGGACCAGUUCUCGUAUAUGCAAGCACGGGAAGAAAUCAUGAGUUAUAUAAAGUACAGCACAAGUUGCCGAAAGGAAUUUGGCUCGGUUUUGAUUUUGAAGACACUCAUCCAGAUUUGCCAGCAUUAUAUCUUCAAGGAGGAUCCAUUAUUCCCGUUUCUCCUCUUUAUCAAAGUGUUGACGAAAUAAAACAUACGGACGAUUUAUCACUGCUGGUUGCUCUAAAUGAACUCGGUAAAGCGGAAGGUGUUUUAUUCGAAGACGAUGGUGACGGAUAUGAAUACACUAGAGGAGGAUAUCUUCUGACGACAUAUAUAGCCGAAAGGGAAUCUUCUAUGGUCACCGUGAAGGUUUUAAGAACCGAGGGCUCUAAAAAGAGGCCGAACCGUAAAUUGAAUGUACAAAUACUUAUUGGAAAAUGCGCGAUGAUUGAUGCAUGGGGUGUCGAUGGAGAGAUUCUGCAAAUUGCAAUGCCUUCGGAUAGUGAGGUGUCGGAUUUAGUAACGGCCGCUGAAAAGCAACUCAGAAUUCGAAUAGAAAGUGCUAAAAUUAUUCCGGACACGGAGAAUAUUUCUGGACACAAGGGAACAGAAUUAUCAAGGACACCUGUCGAAUUAAAAAGUGGGGAAUGGGUUCUAAAAAUCGUACCUUGGAUUGGUGGAAGAAUUAUUUCUAUGCAGCACAUUCCCUCAGUAACUCAAUGGCUUCACAGUCGAGUUGAUGUUGAUGGCUACGAGGAAUACAGUGGGAUGGAGCACCGAUCUGCUGGAUGCUCGGAGGAAUAUUCCGUUGUUGAACGAGAUCUGCAGCAGGCAGGAGAAACAGAAUCAGUACAAUUAGAAUGUGAUAUUGGAGGUGGUUUAGUACUCGAGCGCCAGCUGUACAUCUCGAAAAAUGAGACGAAAGUUUUCAGAAUCGACUCUGGCAUUGUAGCUCGUGAAGUUGGUGCUGGAUCGGGAGGAUUUUCAAGGCUUGUGUGCCUGCGAGUGAACCCGAAAUUCAAUUUGAUGCACCCUACUCAAUCGUACAUCUCUUUUACGGCUAUUGAUGGAUCGAAACACGAGAUUUGGCCAGAAUCAAGUGAACAUGUUUUUGAAGGGGAUCUUCGCCCACACGGUGAAUGGAUGCUAAUUGAUAAAAGUCUUGGUUUGGCACUAGUGAACCGGUUCAGUAUCACUCAGGUUCAGAAAUGUGUAAUUGGCUGGGGAACCGGUUCAGUGAAUAUGGAGCUCCGGUCGGAAAACAGACCCGUUUCCACGGAGUCUCCACUUAAAAUAUCUCAUAUGUAUGAGGUAAUAGGAAUUAAAUAAACUUAUAUAACAAUCCCUGCAUUAAAAAAUAUAUAUAUAUCUUUAAAAAAUUAAUUAUAUAAUUGCUGAAAUUGAUCUGUAUAUUUUUUUUUUCUUUUUCCCCUGCUUGCUAUAUUUAAAUAGUCCUUUUUAAAUUAAUAUUCAUAAUAAAAAAUAAAAAUAAAAUGUUGCUAA